AGCAGUGUCAGAGAAAUCUGUUAUGGUGGUCAAGGGGCGACAUACAUGCUUCAUUUUGUGACUUUUCUGCCUCUUGUGAUGCCCAGGGCUGCCCCGUGGCACCCCCGCCCGCUGCAGACAACCCCGGGGCACGUGUGAGGCUACCUGGGGCGCCGGGAACAUGCCCACAGGCUGACAAAUAAGCGGCAGUAAUGGCCAAGGUGAACUAGCCAGACAGUGAGACAGAUAAAAAAAAAAAUGGCUGACGCCUAAGAGAUCAUUUUUACGUUUGAUUUUUCCGGGGUUGUGCGAUCUGCGCUGCGGAAUGAUCCAGGACGCAGCCAGGAGGUGGAGUGAGACUAGCAGGGAAUGCUUGACAUGUUCAUCUCUCCGGCGGGAGGUGAGCCUAGCACAGUCUUGCAUGCCCCUGCCACUUCUGGACAGUGCUUGCAGAGGAAGCGGAAGCUGGACCAAACUCUCAGUGGCUACGUCGAUGCUGUGCCCAGCUACACAGUGACUGCCACAGCUCUACCCUCCCACACGCUUGCUGCUAAGCACCUCUCUCAUCAGGUUGGUAACUUGUACGGUGAUGGUGUGACAUUGAACCAGACCAAGCAACAUCAGCAGCAGCAGCAGCAGCAGCAGCAGCAGCAGCAGCAGCAGCAGCAGCAGCAGCAGCAGCAACAGCAGCAACAACAGCAGCAGCAGCAGCAGCAGCAGCAGCAGCAGCAGCAGCAGCAGCAGCAGCAGCCGCCGCCGCAGCAGCAGCCGCAGCAGCAGCCGCAGCAGCCGCAUCCACAGCAGCCGCAUCCACAGCAGCCGCAUCCACAGCAGCAGCCGCCACCGCAGCAGCAGCCUCAACAGCAGCAGCAGCCGCCACCGCAGCAGCAGCCGCCACCCUCACAACAUCAGCAUCAGCAGCAGCAGCAGCAUCAACAGGAGCAGCAUGGGCAGCAUCAACAAACACAAAAAAUUAGUAGUACUAGCACCACCACAACCUCAGGACACCAUCACCACCACCAUCACCACCAUCACCAUCACUCAACCAGAGGUAACUCAACCACUCUUCGCAAGUGCUUCGACCACAAUGGUCACAGUGGCAGUGGAACGUUGGUAGAACACAGCAAGGUAGGGGCCCCAGCAGGUGCCCCAACCACAACUAGCAAGACGGUGGCCCACGGCAAAGUGGCCCUCGGUGGCGGCCAGAACAAUGCCACCAAGGGCGGUAACUCCUCGGCCGCAGACGGCGACUAUCAGUUGGUACAGCAUGAAGUACUGUACUCGCUCACAGCGCAGUACGAGGUGCUGGAGUUCCUUGGCCGCGGCACCUUUGGCCAAGUGGUCAAGUGCUGGAAGAAGGGCACCAAUGACAUCGUGGCAAUCAAAAUCCUCAAGAACCACCCCUCCUACGCCAGGCAGGGCCAGAUUGAGGUACUGUUCUGUUGGUAUAUUGACAAGGUUAAGCCAGGAGAGCGCAGACGACUACAACUUUGUACGAGCCUUCGAAUGUUUCCAGCACAAGAACCAUACGUGUCUGGUGUUUGA